UGUGAGAGGAAGUGUGUGUCAAGGCCGGGAAAGUUGUGUUUACGUGUUGGCCGAGAAAGAUAAAGAUGGCAGAGACGUCUGGCGUCUUCUAAAAAUAAACACCUGCGUUAGAACUGAGCUGACAGUGCUUAAAGAAGUCGAACCGCAGACCCGCGGGCGUUGUCGCCCCUUUGCAGCCACAGCCACACAAACGAGGACAUGGGCGACGACUUCAACAGUGCUCCCGGGGCAGUGGGAGCCCGCUACUACCCCGGGGGAGAGCGUCUCGAUGAGGCUGUUGGGGAGACCGAUGCCAAAAUCUUCAUCCAAAGACAGCCGCUGAGACAACCCAAGUCUUCCCCUCCGUUAAUGGACAAUAGCGGAGACUCUGAGAGAAGACAAUACUGUCCCAUACAAAGUGUGAAUGUGUCUUCAUCCUUCAACAACAGCAGCAAUCUGCCGUCUGUGCUCGUCUCGUCGAACCUUUCAGCCACUGCCCCUGAAUUCAUCCCUGCCGGAUUAAACCAGUUUUAUACGGAGGACCAGAUUUAUUACGAGAACUACGAGAACUAUGAGGACAGCUACAGUGAGUUCCCCACAUUGGCUGAUAUGGUCACAAACUUAAUGUACCAGCUCAGCUCUUCACCGGGUACUUUCGACAUGGACGUGGAGUACAUGGCUGAAACACUCAACUCUUUGGUCACUGAAGAGGCGUCGCUGACGGAGUUGGUGGAGCUGAUCUACACACAGUCCACAGCGCUUCCAAACUUUGCCUACACAGGGGCUCGGCUCUGCAACUAUUUGUCCCACCACCUUACCUUCAGUUGUCCUGCGGGAACCUUCCGGCAACUUCUCCUGCAGAGAUGUCGAUUGGAUUAUGAACGUCGGCACAGUGCUGUACAAGGAGAACCAGAGACUCAGAAGAAGUUUCACUCUUUCGUGCUGUUUUUAGGGGAACUCUACCUUCACCUUGAGGUGAAGAGUCAAAAAGGACCUCCGAAUCGAGCCGCAGUUCUUCUCAGUGGUUUGAAGGAUCUGCUGGACGUUCUUCUGUCCAAUCCUACUGACACAAACCUCAUCUGUGCAGUAAAAGUGCUCAAGCUGACAGGUUCUGUCCUGGAGGACGACUGGAGAGAGAAGGGAGAAGCUCACAUGGACGGCCUGAUCCAGAGAAUAAAGACACUCCUUCUGGAUGCCGACUGCAGCAGGGACGUGAAACAAAUGCUUCUGAAAGUUGUGGAGUUGAGAUCCAGUAACUGGGGCCGUGUCAGCUCCUCUGCAGCCAGCAAAGCGACGCCAGACAAUGACCCAAAUUACUUCAUGAACGAACCCACAUUCUAUACUGAGGACGGCACUCCAUUUACUGCAGCUGAUCCAGAAUAUGCCGAGAAGUAUCAGGAACUCCUGGACAGACAAGGGUACUUUGACGAGACCCCAUCUGAAAAUGGAGCUGGAUCAUUGUACGAUGUGGAGGAUGACAUGGAUCCAGAGAUCGAAGAAGCUUUUGAGAGCUUUUGUUUAGAAGCAGAGCGGAAACGAAAGCAAUGAUUACCAGAGUCCAACAGAAGAGGAGCUCUGUGAUUCCCAAAUGACCUCUGAUCUGUUCCUAGUUGCACAAAUGACACUUUUUGGUUGAGUAGGGUUUAAAUAAAGUAGCUCGUCUGUAGUCAGAGUGUUUCUUUAGUUGGGGGAGGCUUUUUUUAGGUUCAUUUUUAACCUUCUGCGUAGAACGGAACUUAAACAUUUGCUGUGAAUGUUUCUGCUGUGAUGUUUCUGUGCUUAACAAGAGGGCAAACUGUUCUGCAAUAUCCACCUGAGAUUCUUCUUUUUACAGUUUAUAUACAGUGCAAGAGGUUUAUUUCAGGUAUUCAGCUUCUGACUGGAGGACUGUUUCUGUAACUCAGAGCCGUGAAUAGGAAGUUGUUUUAUAGCUUGUACAUAUGACACAUAAUUCUUUGCCUGCAAUAAAUGCUUUAUUACAUGGAAAAAAUCUCUCUUUUGCUUAUUGAAUGUUUGUUUUUGAAUGGUUGUUUGUCUAUACGUGUGUUGGCCCUGUGAUGAACUGGCGACUUUUCCAGGGUGUGCCUUGCCUAUUGGCCAUUGAUGCUGAGAUUGGCACAGCUACCACCGCGACCCUCCUCUUGAUUGCCAUAGAUGAUGUAUGUUGGUAUGUAUGUAUUACCACUAUUGUUUUGCAUGUGUCUUUGUUUCUACAGUCACCAUUUUGAUGUUUCUGCAAGGUUUGUCCUCAUGUUAUGAUGCUGCCUACAAGCAAAAAAUCCUCAAUGAGGGAGGA